UCCUCCUCCUCCUUCUCCUUCACGAGCUUGUGUCACUGCCUCUGACGACAGCAUCCUCCUCCGCAUCCUGUCGCCAUGGCAACCCUUUGUUUCCUCCAACGCUUGAGUGGUCCAGGCGGGGGGGCCGGGGCUGGCCGUCGUGGUAUAUAGGCAUCGCUGGGGCGGGGGAGCUUGGAAGGGAACUCCAGAUUUCCCCACCCAGAAAGGAAAGAGCUGGGCGAGGACCACAGAAUAUAUGUACGCCAGUCUAUUUAUUAUUGUAGAUUAUAUAUGCACAUAAUAAAAAGAGGGCCAUUUGGAAGCGGAGGAAGAAGACGAAGGAAGCAAGGAUUAAGGGUUUCCAGGCGGAUCCAGACCUUUUCUCACGCUCAGCCUUCUUCCCCAAAGGCGUGGUGGGCCCCGGGGGCUUCCUUUACUGGCAAGAGUUUUGAGAACUGUCCUGAGAGCCUCCAUUGAAAGACAGCAGCACCUGCUGUUAUGUAUGCUGAACCAUCCGCCAUGAAUUUCCGGAACCAUGGGUUCUUUCGCCGGUCUCCGCCCCCAUCUGUGGCAAAACCAUCUCCUGCUGCUGGGAACAGUUUGUCUGUAUUAGGAGGGAUUGCUCAGAUUUCUCCUUGCCUCUAUCUCUGCUCUGGCAAUGCUGCAGCCAACAGGCAUAUGGUCUAUUCCAGGGCAGUGACCUGUGUAGUGAAUGCCACGAUGGAAAUUCCCAAUGCCAACUGGCCAGAUAUUGACUAUGUUAAGGUACCCGUCCCCGAUCUCCCACAUGCUCCACUGUCCUUAUACUUUGACUCUGUGGCUGACAGGAUACACCAGACAGGAAAAAAGAAUGGAAGAACCCUAGUCCACUGUGUAGCUGGUGUGAGUAGGUCUGCCUCCCUUUGUAUUGCCUAUCUUAUGAAGUAUCACCGGUUGAGCCUCUUGGAUGCCCAUGAAUGGGUGAAGAGUAGACGGCCUGUUGUAAGACCCAAUGUAGGCUUUUGGAGACAACUCAUUGAGUACGAACGCAAGCUGUUUGGGAAGAACACGGUCAAGAUGGUGCCCUCGCCCAUUGGGUUGGUCCCAGAUGUCUAUGAAAAGGAGACCCGUGGGCUGGUCCCCUUGUGGAACUUAAGAUAGACACUGGGUAACUUUGGGAAGCUGGUUGGGUGGUGGGCUGCUUGGAUUUAGGGUCAAAAUACUCCACCAUGUUAGGACCUGUAGGAAGACCUUCAGACAUGGUGGAUCUCAAUAAGAAAUUCUGUUAUCAUAGUCUUUUUUGUAAGACCUUAUAAUAUGAGUAGAUCAUGGAAAGUUGCUUGGACCUUUAAGUGUGCUAGGCUUUGAUGUUUGGUUCUGCCUUGUCAAACAGUACUAAGGACUUAAAUCUCACUUAUAUUCUGAAAAGAUUGUUAAAAACAAAAUAUACACAAUAUUUUGUCUACAGUAUGGGCUCCAAGGUUUGAAUAAAUUAAUCCUAACUUAGUGAAGGGAAAGGGAAAAAUACUAAUAGCUGAAGAUAGAACAUUAGAACUACUUUGCAGAAACAGGGACUUUAUUUUACUUUUAGUUUACUUUCAAUGAACACAAUACAUUUCCCCCCUCAGGGAGUGAAAUUUAAGCACUAAGGGGAUGGGAAUUUAUGUUACAAUUUCUCCCAAGGCACAGUAUUCAAGGACUGCUCAACCAGUAAGGGGGCAACAGUCAAGACACUGGAAAUCACAAAACUUCCACUGAUAGGCAGAAGAAUUCAGCUCCAGAAACCUGAAGGUGAUUUUAGUAUACGUAAUAAUUUUCAGUGAACAGGCUGUAGUCUGGUUUGUGGGUGUCAGGAAUACGAUUUUAAGCGUCCUGUUCUAACUUGGGGAAACGCAACAAUUAGGAAGAGUGGAUAAAUGUUGAUACUACCUCAAUACAAGGCUCACUCAAUGCUGCGGAAGACAAAUUACACCCAUAAGAUGGACGUUAAACUGGAAAGGCUUUAAAGUACUGAUACAUCAGUUUCUAGCAAGUGGGGUUUACAUUCAACAGUAAAGCCAGUCCUUCUCAUAUCCCCUCUCCCCAGGGAUUUAUGAGAUAGUUUUGAUGCUAGGAAAGGAAAGAUCAGGAACAGCGUUCUACACACUUUAUAAAAAAGCAAUUAUUCUUGGGAAAAGCUUCUAUACAAAUAGGGAAUAGUGUAUUUUUAAAGCUUUAUUGCAAUAGCAAAUAGAACAUAAGCGUACACUGAGGAGGCAGAGCUGAAAUAUGGACUUCUUGUAUCCCAAGAAGAAAAUGAUUUCCAUUUGAAGGAUGUUUUCUGACAUAGUCAAAACAGGGAGGUAUACCCAGAUGUUGAGCAAAUGUCCAGUUAAAUUACAAGGGAAGUGUUAAUUGUUUCAAAAUGGGGUAAGCACUUUGGCAUCUUCAAGGUCUAGAGUUAUUUCUGCUGACUGAUGGUGUGUGGGGAAAACAAUGUAGAGAAAUAUAUCCCUUAGGGAGCUGUAGAGUUGCUCUGGAGGUGCAAAUUUCAGAGCUUCUCAAAAAUGAGUUUUCUACCAUGAAGUAAUGGAAUGGAUUCAAGUACUGUAUUGGCAUACGCCAGUCUCUUGUUUGAAAAAGAAGCCAUCUUGUUAACAUGGUCCUUUCUGAAACUCUCGUUGCUAGUAUAGGUUUCUGUGGCUAGAAAAGGAAUGGCUUGACAGCAGCUUCACAAUGGUGCUUUCCCCAGCAGGAAAUGCAUUUUCCUUCUUUUGGAGGUUUCAUCCUCCAUUGACUUUUUACAACAAAUUCCCAGCAGGCCUUUGGUUCUCAGUCAAGCGCAGCUAAAUAGAAAGGUCUAGAAGCUUAUAGAACAACGGCUAAAUAAGUUGGUAGACCAAUAAGGUUUUUGGAAUGAUAAUAGUUUAUUGCAGAAUCUUUCAAGAUGGCUCUAGCAUGUGUGUGUGAGGAACGGGAUAUCUUGUUCUCACAGAAAAUACGUUGUUCUCACAGAAAACCUUUAGCGUAAGAAUCACUGGAAACUUUGUCAUAGCUGAGCUGUAGGCCAACAUGAUUUGUACAAUUAUGUUGGUACAAAACCAACUAAUUUUGGAAGUCCUGUGUAGGCAGCAGCCCAUCUCUACUAUAUUUACCAUGAAUACACGGAAGAGUAAAAUAUUAGUGAUGGCCGGACAAAAUUCUCCUGUUAACAGACACUGUAGCAUUUUGAACAUUUAGUUUUUGGAAGUGGGCAAUAGCACACAUUUUGUAGUUUUAUAUUAUUUCUGAUUUGUAACUUGAUGCCAAUGUUAGGAAAAUACAAUAAUAAUAUUUCUUAGCAGGGGAAGCCUAUUUCUUUCAAACAUUUUGUGGGAUAUUUUCGAUUUUCUUUUCAGAUGCUGCCUAUUUCUAUGGUGUCUUUUGUUAAAAUUCCUAGCAGCUGAAAAUUAAUUUAAUGAUGGAAAAUGCCAAUAUCUCCUGCAAUAAGUAUGGUGAUUUUGAAGAAAUAGUCUUAACACCUAAAAAUGGGGUGGGGGAGCCCCAAAGUUAUCUGAGGUUGUGAGUAAAGGAUUCUCUAGGUAAGGAUACUCUUGAUUAAAAGGUUAUUUUGUGAGAAUUUUGUGGCCUAAAAACGAAAAUAUUUCACAAACAUGCUUCUACCUGUUUUCAGGACUCUCCUCUUUUCCUCCAUGUCUGGUUUUUUUCAGCAUUUCAAGCUAUGGUAUUAAUCAGGGGAAAAGUGAUGUCUAGAAUCUUAACACCAGCAGUUCAUUCUUUAGAAUUAGGCACAGAACCCUCAAGAUAAAGAGUCCCUCAGUCUCCCAAAAUUGCUGGAAUCUUAAUGGGUGAUAUACAUAUUAAAGAUAAUAGCUUAUAAGACUGAAUGUUGCACAAGCUAAUGUAUGUAUGACACUGGCAUAUAAUAUAUUGUCUUUUGAAAGUCUCUCUUGAGCGAGGACCCAAAAGAGAACUGCGGCUAUCAUCCAGAAGCUUGCUCUAGGGCUUGGAACAUGAGUCGGUCUUCCUUUAAGUGUUUCAUAUGUAUAUAUAAGCAUCUAAAGCUUCUCCUCUUCUGUAUACUUUGUACAUACCAGAGAUGUAAAAGAAAAGAAAAAGAAAAAAAGUCUCUAUAUUAAUUAAAAUUAGGAUUUCUUAUGGUUUCAGUUCAAUGAAAAAAUAUGUUAAUAAAAAUGCAAAUGAACGACC